CUCACCCGCGCACAGACCUCUGGGAAACUGAGUCCACGCUCUAAAUAAUUCAAGCCCCCAUUCCCUUCUUCUACACUGCUAACAAGAUGCCGGCCGUACAUCACAAACUGCUCCUGGAGGACGCUUUACAGGACAGUCCUCAGACUCGCUCUUUGCUCAGCGUGUUUGAGGAAGAUGCAGGGAUGCUUACUGACUACACCAACCAGCUGCUACAAUCGAUGCAGCGGGUGUUUGGAGCUCAGAGUGAGAUGGGAUUGGCCACAGAGCAGCUCUCACGGCAACUUCUGGAGUAUGAGAAAAAAAAUUUUGCCCUUGGAAAAGGUGAUGAAGAGGUAAUCACCACGCUGCAGAACUUUGCCAAAACCGUGGGGGAGCUGAACUCGCUCCACUCGGAGUUGGCCAACCAGAUGGCUGACAGCAUGGUUUUCCCCUUGAUCCAGUUCCGAGAGAAAGACCUCACAGAGAUAAGCACACUGAAGGAAAUAUUUGGCAUUGCCACUGAUGAGCAUGAGGCAGCUAUGGUCAAGUACAGCCGGUUGCCAAAGAAGAAGGAGAAUGAGAAGCUGAAGGCAGACUUGGUGAAGGAGGUGGCCUACACCAGAAGGAAGCAGCACCAGGCCUCCCUGCAGUAUUACUGCGCCCUCAACGCCCUGCAGUAUCGCAAGAGAGUAGCUAUGCUCGAACCUAUGCUGGGCUACACUCAGGCACAGACCAGCUUCUUCAAGAAAGGCAUUGAACUGGUGUCAAAGAAGAUGGACAGUUUUCUCUCCUCUGUGUCCAACAUGACUCAAAGCAUCCAGGCCCAGCUGGACUCCGAGGCGGAGGGCAUGCGUAUGUCCCAGAGGGAGCUUCUGUCAGUGGAAGACACCGUCUAUAUGCCAGAUAAGGACAGUGAGCCUGUCAAUCGCACGCUCAUCCAGAAGGCUGGCUACCUCAACAUUAGAAAUAAAACAGGCCUGGUGACCACAGCUUGGGACAGACUUUACUUCUUCACCCAGGGAGGGAACCUAAUGUGCCAGCCGCGAGGGGCCGUGGCGGGGGGCAUGGUGCUGGACCUGGACAACAGCUCCGUCAUGGCUGUGGAGUGCGAGGACAGGCGCUACUGUUUUCAGAUAACUUCGCCCUCAGGAAAAACGUCGAUGAUUCUACAAGCCGAGAGCAAAAAGGAGUACGAAGAAUGGAUUUGCACUGUGAACAACAUCUCCAGACAGAUCUACCUGACUGACAACCCAGAGGCUGUGGCCAUCCGACUAAACCAAACUGCCAUCCAAGCAGUCACCCCCAUCACCAGCUUUGAGAAGAGACAAGAAGGCUCGCCCAAUCCUGACAGAGCAAAGCCAGGAGGCGUACACACUACUGGUUCUCAGAAAAGUGGUGCUGCUCCGGAACCAGAGGACCUGAUAGCCCCCGGGACGCCAAUUCAGUUUGACAUCAUGCUGCCUGCCUCCGAGUUUCAGGACCAGAACAGAGCCGGGGGGAGACGCACAAAUCCAUUUGGAGAGACGGAGGAUGACUGUUCAGCGGAGAGCGACGAUUCCCUCCUGCAGCAGGUAUUCGCUGUACGCUUCCUGGGCUCCAUGGCGGUUCGCUGUGGCAACAAUCAGGAGGUGAUCUACGAGGCCAUGAGGCAGGUGCUGGCCGCCCGAGCCAUCCACAACAUCUUCAGGACCACAGAGUCCCACCUCAUGGUGACCAGCAGCAGCAUCAGGUUGAUUGACCCACAGACUCAAGUUACGAGAUUAAGUUUCCAGCUUGGAGAAGUGUGUCAGUUUGCAGCGCACCAAGAGAACGGGAGGCUGAUGGGAUUUGUAGUCGAAGGCAGAGACUGGAGCGACGGAGACGAGGAGGGGGAGCCUUCGUUUAGCGCAUUCGUCUUUGAAAGCAACACAGAAGGCGAAAAGAUAUGUUACACCAUCAACUUAGCAAAGGACAUUACAGAAGCCAAGAAGGACCCAGAGGCCCUGGCCCAGCUAAUGAAGAACAUGCCUUUGACCAACGAUGGCAAGUUCCUGCUCCUGGAGCCCGAGACCGGCGACACAACCGACGGAGCAGGACAAGAAGACCUGGAGUCUGAGGCCUAGUUCCAUUUACGACCAAAAAAGAAAAGCAAAAACAGGACCAUAGUCUGACUUUUGCCCAGAAGGGAGGAGUUUCCCUGGAUAAAGACCCCUAGCCCUAACUCUGGUACUGUAACACCGAUACGAGACAGUGUAGUUCACUUCCACUGCCCCUGUGUUACGACUAUUCCAUCUCUUCUGCUGUGCUAAAAGCAUAAAAUGUUGACAGCGGAUUGGCUGGCGCUUCGUUAGAUAUGCUUUUCCAUGGUCGCUCCUGUAGCAUGGGUCUUUGGAUUUGGAGUUUUGUCAUUGUUUUUACACCACUGUAGGUGGCAUGCACAUCAAAAGGGACAUUACAUUGGUACUGGUUGUGUUUCAUUGUUUUCUAAUAUCCCCAAACAUCUAACAGAAGGCGGUGAAUCCUUCGCUUCGGUUUAGGUUUACAUUUAUUUUAGGUUUACAUAGUUUGAAGUGUUUGUGUUUGGAGAGUUUAAUCCUUUAUUUUGACUUGUGCGUACAGCUCAUAUGCAACUACUUUGGUGUUUAUUUCUUGUGUAUUCAUGUACAAAAAAAAGGUAAUUGCACUUCCAAGGUUUAUAUCUGUUUUAAUAAUAACAACUGAUGUGUACAGAAUGCGCCAAUUGAAAAAUCUGAAGGAUUUUAAGACAAUGAAGGACUUAAAGUAGGUUAAGACGAUGCCAGGUUCUUUUUCCAGAGCAGUUACUGGAUAGCGGACUAUUAUUCUUAUCCUGGAGGAUCAUUUGUGUCUUAAAGCAGUGAACACAGUUAGUCUGAGUGUUCUCUCUGCACUCCGGCAUCCUGACCAUCUUUAGCAUUCCUUCUAAACUGAAUUAGUUAUGCUGGACAUUAUUCUCUAUCAACUGUACGAAACAAGUCUUAAAAUUAUCCGUACGUCAGGUCCUCAUUGAGCCGCCCAAAAACUACUUUGCGCUCCUCCUCUUAAAAGCCUGUGUAAAUAUGAUCUCCGAGUGUCUAUAUAAUGUUUAAUCAGAGUCGAUAUGCUAGGUCUGCUGCGGUGCAUGGUUAAAUAAUGCUGUUCCCUCUUGUUCCCUUUGCAGAAGAUUAAAGCCUUUACUCUUGAGCACUGAGCUGUAAUACUAAAUAAAGAACCCUAAAAUAUCACAGUAACGCAUGAAGGCAGACCACAGUUGGGGUAUCAUGCACUCAUGGAAAUGCAAUUUUGCUCCUCGCUCAUACAUUUGAAUCCUAAUCCAAGCAAUGGGAAAGUGAUCUGUGAGAUUCUUCCUUCUGUCUGCAUCCCAGUGCAGGUUUGUUCCGUUUCGACCUGUUUGAGUUGCAGCACUAAUCUCAAUGGACAGUGGAAGCCCGAGCAUUGUGUCAGUGUGACACGUUUUGUACAGAGGAGGUCAAAGAAACUGACUUGAACGUUACAUUGUGUUGACCAGUCGGCUUGCUUUUUCCUUACUCUACAUCAGUAUGUCAGAGGCAGAAACACAUUAAAAUGAGGACAAAGUACGGCUACUUCACUGAGGACUGCCUGUUCCAGUGCUGUGGGAUUGCUCGUGACACCACACAUGAUAAUUAAAAGGAAUAGCUCGUUUUGGGGAAAUGCGCCUCUUUACUUUCUUACAGGAAGUCAGAAAAGCAACAACAAGGAAGUGUAAAAACACCACCUCACUGUCAAACAUGGGUUAUUGACACAUUAAAGCUGCACUGGAUUCAACUCAGAAGUCUAAAAAUUUCCAAGCUGAACUUGUGAACUCUGAGCUGGAAAUGUUCCAUCCGUUAACAAAGUCAAAUGCAGGCGAUCGACAUGGCUGACGGCAAGAAACUCAGCUUUCUAUGGCAGGCAGCAGCACAUGAAUGUUUGUGUCAGCUGAGCCUCAUUGGAUACACUGAAUAAAUGACAGUUUGUCACACACAUUCUACAUCAGUUUAGUAAGAAUAUUACACGCAACAGCCUUGCAAGUACCGUUUCAUGUUCCACACAGGCUAAGUAAUGUUGACUUAUCGUGGAUGCUGCCAUCCGACUGAUGUCAGAGCAUCCGCUUUUUCAUGAAAUAGACCCAAGCUUCCCACGCAGAGCUUCACCUUAGAAGCCUUUUUCUGCAAAUUACGUUGGAGAUUUUUGGUUCUGAGUUGUUUGCAAUGGAGUAUUAUCUCUUAAUUACGAGAUCAUUUAUGCCCACCUAAAUUAAAGUGUUUUGCACCACACACAUUUCUUACAGAGGGCUAAUCAGCAGCUAAAUACUGACACUAGACAUAAAUGCUGCGUAAAGGAUGGCAUGCUCGGAGCAACUACAGCAGCUAAUUGAAAACUGUCAGCAUUUUCACGUAAUAUGUGACAGACUAGAGGUGUGGGUAUUUAUGGCAGUUAUUGAUGCAGGUAUGAACACAUAACGAGGAUCAUCUGUCAGCUGACCGAAGAACGUUGUAGAAGUGCCAAGUCUGCAAGGCAUAAAGAAGUCAGAGACGCAUUCAAAUUCACUCGAGCACUGGGAGAGUGACUCUCGCGCUGUGAAGCCAACUGUAAUCCGUGCAACAUGUCAGAUGCUGCCGUUUCGAAAUGGCAGGUUUCCCAGAUGUGACUGAAACACUCACGGUGCUCCCAGCAGCCACAUGUGAAACUAACUUCACUGACAUUCUGCCAGAGAGUAAAUACGUGCAUUUCCCUAAAUGUCAAACUUUCUGUUGAUGCUGUACAGAAAAUGUUAUUCAUCCUAUAUCCUCCCUCCUCAGGUGAUGAUCGAGUCACUUCAAUCACACCAUUAAUAAAACUACAGUAAUGUGUACAAAUGUGCUUAGUGCUUCAGUCUGCAGAAGGUUUUUUUCAUAGUUGGAUAAUGUACACAGGCCUGUGUUUUGUCUGACUGAUGGUUUGAUUCAAGUUCACAGUAUAAAUAAAUCCUCUUACUGUCUGCGGACUGCUGCAGCCCCUUACACAUUACAGCUGUGCUGCAUAGUCUCCAUACAUUUCUGCUUUGUAAGUAAUGCAACGUCAGGAAAAAUCUGGGUACUCAUGGUGUCGAAAAUGCAUUUCCACAAUAUAGCAAGGACUGCAUUUUCUCUUUCUCCCUCGUUUCUUUUUGUAAAUGGCAGAAGUUGCCAGAAUUCACUACCCACAAGGCUUUGCACUUAAUUUGCCCUAGUUUUCUAAAACCAAUGUCAACAUGCAAUCUUUAAUAAAAUAAGUCAUUUUUCUUA